AUGGGGACGGACGGGCAGCAGACCUUCUCCCAGGCUGGCUCUGACGUGAGCUGGAGCCCCCACCCCCCUCCCUGUCCCUGUCCCCAGGGGUGGAUCCCCAAGAUCUUCAAGAAGAAGACGUGCACGGCGUUCAUCGUGGACCCCACAGACCCAGGAGGGACCCUGUGCCAGUGCGGGCGUCCCCGGAAUGCCCACCUGUCCGUGGCCGUGGAGGACGCCUUCGGGGCGGCCGUGGUGACCGAGUGGGACAGUGACCUGCACACCACGGAGAAGCCCACCGAUGCCUACGGGGACCUGGACUUCAUGGGUGCCGGCCGCAAGGCCAGCAAUUUCCUCCGACUCUCUGACCGCACGGAUCCGGCUACAGUUUAUAAUCUGGUCACGCGCACAUGGGGCUUCCGGGCCCCGAACCUGGUGGUGUCAGUGUUGGGGGGGUCGGGGGGCCCCAUCCUCCAGACCUGGCUGCAGGACCUGCUGCGCAGCGGGCUGGUGCGGGCCGCGCAGAGCACAGGGGCCUGGAUUGUCACCGGGGGGCUGCACACAGGCAUUGGCCGGCAUGUGGGCGUAGCUGUGCGGGACCACCAGACAGCCAGCACUGGGGGCACCAAGGUGGUGGCCAUGGGCGUGGCCCCCUGGGGAGUGGUUCGCAAUAGAGAGGCCCUCACCAACCCCAAGGGCUCGUUCCCUGCGAGUUACCGGUGGCGCGGGGACCCCCAGGACGGGGUGCAGUUCCCCCUGGACUACAACUACUCGGCCUUCCUCCUGGUGGACGAUGGCACCCACGGCCGCCUGGGCGGCGAGAACCGCUUCCGCCUGCGCUUCGAGUCCUACAUCGCCCAGCAGAAGACGGGCGUGGGAGGGACUGGCAUUGACAUCCCUGUCCUCCUCCUCCUGAUUGAUGGGAAUGAGAAGAUGUUGAAGCGGAUAGAGAACGCCACCCAGGCCCAGCUCCCCUGCCUCCUGGUGGCCGGGUCCGGGGGCGCUGCGGACUGCCUGGCGGAGAUCCUGGAAGACACUCUGGCUCCAGGGAGUGGAGGGGGCAGGCGAGGGGAUGCCCGAGAUCGGAUUAGGCGUUUCUUCCCCAAAGGGGACCCCGAAGUCCUGCAGGCCCAGGUGGAGCGGAUCAUGACCCGGAAGGAGCUGCUGACAGUCUAUUCCUCUGAGGACGGCCCUGAGGAAUUCGAGACCAUUGUUUUGAGGGCUCUUGUCAAGGCCUGCGGGAGCUCUGAGGCCUCCGCUUACCUGGACGAGCUGCGUUUGGCUGUGGCUUGGAACCGCGUGGACAUUGCCCAGAGCGAACUCUUCCGGGGUGACAUCCAGUGGCGGUCCGUCCACCUGGAGGCCUCGCUCAUGGACGCCCUCCUGAAUGACCGGCCGGAGUUCGUGCGCCUGCUCAUCUCGCGUGGCCUCAGCCUGGGCCACUUCCUGACCCCGACGCGCCUGGCCCAGCGCCACCGAGCUGGGGAGUUGGCGAUGGCUUGCUGCCCCCUCCUCACCCUCGGACCCUAUCCACCACCUCUCUCUCUGUCUCUCCAGGGCUCCAACGCCGUGGCCUCGGCUCUAGGGGCCUGUUUGCUGCUCCGGGUGCUGGCGCGCCUGGAGUCCGAGGCUGAGGAGGGAGGCAGCGGGAAGGAGCUGGCAGCCAAGUUUGAGGGGCUGGGCGUUGACCUCUUUGGCGAAUGCCACCGCAGCAGCGAGGACCGGGCUGCCCACCUGCUCCUCCGGCGCUGCCCAUUCUGGGGGGAUGCCACCUGCCUGCAGCUCGCCAUGCAGGCCGAUGCCCGCGCCUUCUUUGCCCAGGAUGGAGUACAGUCUCUGCUGACACAGAAGUGGUGGGGGGAGAUGGACAGCUCCACGCCCAUCUGGGCCCUGGUUCUCGCCUUCUUUUGCCCCCCACUCAUCUACACCAACCUCAUCACCUUCAGGAAGUCCGCGAAGGAGUCCACACAGAAGGACCUGGGGUUUGACGUGGACGGGAGCCUCAACGGGGAAGGGCCUGUCAGGCCAGCAGAUCCCCCUGAGAAGAUGCCCUUGGGGGUGUUGAGUCAGCCCAGCCGGAGGGGGUGCUCCCCACGCCUGUGGCGCUGGUCCCAGUUCUGGGGGGCGCCGGUGACGGCCUUCCUGGGCAACGUGGUCAGCUACCUGCUCUUCCUCAUGCUCUUCGCCCGGGUGCUGCUCAUCGACUUCCAGCCCACGGCGCCCGGCGCCCUGGAGCUGCUGCUCUACUUCUGGGUCUUCACCCUGCUCUGCGAGGAGUUCCGCCAGAGCCUGGGGGGCGGCUGGGUGUUUGCAAAUAUACGGCUGACCCCGGGCCUGUAUGACCUGGGCCGCACAGUCCUCUGCCUGGACUUCAUGGUCUUCACGCUGCGCCUGCUGCACAUCUUCACGGUCAAUAAACAGCUGGGGCCCAAGAUCGUCAUCGUGAACAAGAUGAUGAAGGAUGUGUUCUUCUUCCUCUUCUUCCUCGGAGUGUGGCUGGUGGCCUACGGGGUGGCCACGGAGGGUCUCCUCAGGCCCAGGGACCAGGACCUCCCGCAGAUCCUGCGCCGCGUCUUCUACCGGCCCUACCUGCAGAUCUUCGGGCAGAUCCCGCAGGAGGAGAUGGACGUGGCCCUCAUGGAUCAUGUGAACUGCUCCUCGGAGGUGGGCUUCUGGGCGCGCCCGGUGGGGGCCCAGGCGGGCUCCUGCGUCUCCCUUUAUGCCAACUGGCUGGUGGUGCUCCUCCUCGUCAUCUUCCUGCUCGUGGCCAACAUCCUGCUGGUCAACCUCCUCAUCGCCAUGUUCAGCUACACCUUCGGCAAAGUACAGGGCAACAGCGACCUCUAUUGGAAGGCGCAGCGCUACAGCCUCAUCCGGGAAUUUCACUCUCGGCCGGCGCUGGCCCCACCCUUCAUCAUCAUCUCGCACGUGCGCCUGCUCUUCCGUCGAUUGCGCAGGCACCGGGCCAGCAUGCCGGCCUCCCCCAACCUACGGCAUUUUCGGGUCCACCUCCCUAAGGAAGCCGAGAGGAAGCUGUUGACGUGGGAAUCGGUGCAGAAGGAGAAUUUCCUAUUGGCGCGGGCGAGGGACAAGCGGGAAAGUGACUCGGAGCGUCUGAAGCGCACGUCGCAGAAGGUGGACAUGGCGUUGAAGCAGCUGAGACAGGUCCGCGAGUACGAGCAGCGUCUGAAAGGGCUGGAACAGGAGGUCCAGCACUGUAGCCGCGUCCUGGGCUGGGUGGCCGAGGCCCUGAGCCGCUCUGCGUUGCUUCCGCCAGGGGGGCCUUCACCCCCGACCCCGCCUGGGACCAAAGACUGAGCCCUGAUGGCAGGCUUCAAGGAGUAGCGCCAUGGGGAGUUGUUGCCCCCAGAGGAAGGCCUAGCUGGCCCUGGACCCCAGUACGCGGUGGCCCUGUCUGGAGGUGGGCCUCAUGCCGUGGACUGGAUCGCUGUCGGGACCACUGCAGGAGUCUCACCCGUUGGAACCACAGCAGGCCCGGCCCCUCCCAGAACCAGCCCCACUCUGGGAGGAUCAGCCUCGAGAGCCCAGGCAGGGCCCCCCUGAAGGCCCUGCCACAGCCCAUUGGGCGGGAGAAGGCUACAGGGCCCUGGGGGCACAGGGACCACAGAGGGCACUCAGCUCCCCACACCGGGGAAAUAAAGCCACUUGAGAGUC